ACUAAAGGACUUGUGGAGAAAAAAAAUGGUAGGGAUAAAGCAAGUAGGGUGAAAAUGACCAUGCUUUUUAUUGGAGAAAGAAAGAGACGCGUUCUCCCUAUCCUAUUUCGUUCGACAAGUUGAAUUUCAGUACGUUCCUACUAAGCGAGCGAACGAACGAGCGAACAGUCGCGUUCGUGCGUUCGUAUUAACCGCAUCGAGCGGCCUACUCCGUCGUAUUCUCGCUUUGAUCAAACCAGGAAAGAAAGAGAGAGAUGAUCGCUACUUACGAAUGAUUCGACAAUCGUCGAUAGUUCGAGAGCAGAGUUGAAAACUCAAUCAAAAAAAGACGACUUUCCGAAGAUUUUGCAAGAUAUAUUUUUCGAGUUACGGGGAGGGGGAAGAGACAGAGAGAGAGAGAGAGAGAGAGAGAGAGAGAGAGAGAGAGAGAGAGAGAGAGAGAAAGGAGAAAAGCAAAUGUCGACCCGCUACUAGACGCCUCUUCGUUCUCGGUGGAUAUGAAUGGAAACGAAGGAAUAGCAAUUUGAGGAACGAGCGAAGCUCGGUCCGAUUUGGAUCUAGCUUUUAGUGGGUGGAAGAAGAGAGAGAGAGAGAGAAGAAACGGAGUAAUAACAAGGAUAAUACUAAUAACGAUUGGGACGGGCCUAGGAGCUCGGCGAACGACGAAAAUUGCAAGAUUUGUCUGAAAGGCGAACACGAUCGUGAGGGAAUAAUAAAUCUGGAAAAGGAAGGGAUAAAGCGGGAGAGAAAGGGAAAGAAAAAAGUCUUGCUCGGCUCUCGGCAGAGUUAUCGGCGAGAAAUAGCAGAGAGAAGCAGUGGAUGAAUAAUAAUACGAGAAAAAAAGAAGAGGAAGAAAUAGAGACUAGGAAAUAGAAGGAUGUGAAAGAAAGAGAGGAGAUACCUCGUGAUAGGAUAAUUCGAAAGGACGAAGCGUAACUCACGAGAUCGUGCACGAAGAUUAGAAUUUAAGGCACGCUGAAAAAUUCUUACAAAGAAUUAUCGCAAAGUGUAGAUAGUUUGGUCUAAGCGGAAAGGACAAAGUCCCGAAUUAUUCAUUGAGAAUUUUAGAGAAAAAAAGAAAAAAAAGUGAUAUUUUUCACGAGCGUCUAAUUGAUUUCGCGAAGGAAGAAUAGAAAGUAGAAGUAGAAAUUUUAUUAAAACACUCGUUAGACCGUCGUUACAUCGUCGUUAAAUUGUCGGUGAUGCUUUAAGAUUUUCAAAGGUAUACCGGAGAGAGUUCAACGUCACGUUUUCAGCACGAGGAUCGGUCUCGUGCCAACCUUAUCUACUGGCUAAUUUAUCGAACUUACCCUAUUAAAGAUAAUUACGUGACUGCUCGAUAGUACUACUUCUAAUCUAGCUUCCUAGGUAUCGCGGAAUAAUUUAUUUUAUUUCCUUCCUUUUCGACUCGAGAACGCAGAGAGGAAGCUUACGAAUGUAAUUCGUUUCGAGUUUGUUACUUCGUUUUAUCGCGAUUAACGGAAAAAUCUUGGUUCCUCGUGGAACGAAACGGGAUCGAAUUUUUACUUGUAACGAUAAAGCUUGUAAGUGUUGUUCCGAUUCCCUAAUGCUAUCGAUACUUAACGACUUUGCUAAUGAUCCGAGGAGUAAAUGAUUAGGUAGUAAAAAAAAAAACCAACCAACUUUGUUCUAUCGUUUGUUCGCGGUUAAUCUUCUCUUUUAGUUUCUCUUACCUUUAGUUUUCUCACUCGACUAGAGAUCCAACUUUCGAAAGAGAGAUCACUCAAUAUUCUCAUAUAUCGUCGUUGUCUCAUAUACAGUGUGUGUGUGUGUGUGUGUGUGUGUGUGUGCGUGUGUGUGUGUUUGCGGAUACGUGCGCAACACGCGUGUGAAAACGAUGAUAAAGAGAAAAGAAAGAAAGAUGAUGAAGAAACGCAAAGAACAACGAAAGUGACCUUACUUUAUUACUCGCGUCGGUUCAACGUCGUACGAUAGUCAGGGAAAACGUUUCCUUGCAAGGAUAAUAAAAAGAAGAAAACAGAAAAGAAGAGGAAAGAAAAGAAAAGAAACAGAUCGUUGAGAAAUGAAGGGAAACUUGGAAGGAUAUCCGCUCGCUUUGUCCUCGUCGAGAAAUUAUCUGGUUCUCAUUCUGAUCUUUCUAUCCGUGAAAGUAUCGACGAGCAACGAGCCUCGAAUGAGAAAAUGUUGUCCACCGCAGGAAAUUUUUUCCGGCCGAUCGAAGGUGGACUGCGUUCCCGCGCCGAACCAGGCGAUGGAAUUGCAUCCUUUAUCGAAUGGCGUCAACUUAGGUAUUCCUAGGUGCGAGAAACCGGAAGAUAUCGCAACUACUUUUAUCAACGAGAUCAAACCAGACGAUUUCCUCAGAAGUCCAGCUUGUUUGGAGAUUCUCCGAAAGGAGUCUUCCGACGAGGAGUCCCCAAUAAUCGUUCAUUGUCACUCGAACGAGGACGACACGAGGAAAGAAGCAACUGGAUUGUCCUUUCCAAAAAUCACAACGAUUCGAAGAUGUUGUCCGAAGGAUACCCUCUUCGAUCCUGAUACGAGAUUCUGCGUGCCAUCUAUAUCCUAUAUCAACGAUACCUCCUUCCUUUCUUCGGGUGAUCCCUUUUUCUCUUUCUUACCGAUCAUCGACUCGAUCGAUUUUCUAGCAGUGACGAGAGGUCCACCCAAUUGUCCACGAGUCAUAUUCGAUUUUCGCAUAAACUCAAGCAAUUUGAUCUUCGAGGAUCGAACUUUCAAAGGUACACUGUCGUUGAGCCAAAACGGACGUAGGAAAGAAGAGAUCAAGCUGACGGAAGAGAACGCUUGCAUCGAGCUAACUCCGGAAUCCACGAUCUCGAACGGAAAACUGAUCCUACGGCUCUGCCGAGAUGAAGAAAUUUGUUCGGGAAAGUCAUGCAUCAGGAAGUGCUGUCCGGAGGACCAGUUUUUGAUAUCAGGAAAAAGAGAAUGUCAAAAAUUGUAUGACGAUUCGAUCACACCGAUCGAGUUUCACGAGAAGAUUUUGAAUUCGUCGAUUCACAAAGAUUUCUUCAGAGAAGAUUAUGGUCUGCUCAUUGGCAAAGUGUGCAAGGACAGAGGAAUGUAUCCCGUGCGUCCGGAAGAAAAUUGGAGCAUUACCCCUGAAGGAUACAUCGACGUGCCCGAUUACAAGGUCUACGAUCACUACGAGUAUUGCAUGGACAUCUUUUACAACAGCUCCAACUACAAGGAAGGCCUUUAUCCUUUCGUGUGUUUCGCGGAGGAUUUUGCGCCACCGUGUCGACUACGGUGCAGCAUUAAUAGCGUACUUCAGUUGACCAGCUGCGCAUUUUUGCUGACAACGUUGGUGGUCUACGUUUGCCUACCUGUUCUCCAGAAUCUCCAUGGCAAGACUCUCAUGUGCCAUGUCGGCAGCCUCCUUUUGGCUUUCGUUUGUCUGCUUUUGAUCUCCUGGCUGACUCCAGACAGUACUCCAGAGGAAUCGAUAGCCACGGUAUCGUGCAAAUUUUUAGGCUACGCAAUGCUAUUCUCUUUCCUCUCGGCUUUCUCCUGGCUCAACGUCAUGUGCUUCGACAUAUGGUGGACUUUCGGCGGUUCGCGUGGAAACACAUCGACGAGAGGAAGAGGACACAGGAAAAGAUUUUUGUUGUACUGCGCGUACGCGUGGGGCCUGGCCUGCUUGAUUACCGUCCUAGGAAUCGUGGUCGAUCACACCGACUUUUUCCCAAAGUAUUUGCGGCCUACUAUCGGACGAGCAAGCUGUUGGUUUACACCUGGAAGUAAUCUUCACGGUGAACUCUUGUUCUUCAUCGCACCGUUGACGCUUCAACUUCUAAUCAACAUCGUCUUCUUCGUUAUCACAUCUAUAAAUUGCAACAAGGUAAAGACUGAGAUAAACAGAGUGAUCACGGAUCCUUCGGACAUUAGAAACAAACGAUUUCAGGCCGAUCGAACCAAAUUGAUCAUGAAUAUAAAGCUGUUCAUCGUUAUGGGAAUAUCUUGGAUAUUAGAGAUUGUCUCUUACUUUCUCAACAAUUACGCCAAGGAUUUGCAAUGGCGCGAAGAAUUCUUUUAUGCUUCGGACACCUUUAAUUGCCUUCAGGGACUAUUGAUCUUCAUUCUCUUUGUUCUAAAGAGCCGCGUAUAUUAUGCGCUACGAAGAAGAUUGGGGUUUGAAGACAAGAAACGAUUGUCGAGCAACGCAACGACCGCCGUACACGACACUUGUAGGGUGAAAAACAGUGCUAGCAAUAGCACGCUUAUGUCUACGUUUCAAGUGAGCUUGACGCCAUGACGAAAACAGGACGAACAUUUUACAUAGAUCGAAGUAUUACACUUAAUCAGGGAUUUCUUCAAAGCGUGCGUUAUUUUUGCGCCUUUGGUUUAUGGCACUCCAACUUUUCAACUCUUCCGCUUUAAUAUUCUAUUAUUAUUACGUUGUACUACGGGUUCCGCGAAGAGGAAAGAAGUAACAAAUUCGACCACAAAGAUCUUUGUGUAUAAAGUUAAGAAAAUGACGCCAUCGACGUUCCGUUCGUUUUUUUUCCUUUUUCUUUUUUAUCUUUUUUUUGUUUCUUUUCUUUUUUCUUUGUUUGUUUGUUUUUUUUUUUUUUUUUUUUUUUUUUUUUUUCUUUUUGGUCCUCUAAGCAAGAUCAUCUCGCACGAGAUCAUUCGACUGGGCUGGAACUGUCCGGUUAAAGUUUUUAAGAUAUUUACGACUUUCUUAUGGCAGAUAUUUACGCUCGAAAGUUUGAGUUUAACGAGCGAUGUUUCUGCAAUCUUUAAAUCCGUUCGUACAGGCAGUAACGUUCUAGCCAAGCUUCGAGCGAUUAUUUUUGUUACCUCGUAAAUGAGUAACGAUGUCGGAUACUCGAUUCUCUAGGAAGAAAAAAAAAAGCUGUCUCUCGUGAGAAAUAGCAAAGUUAUGAGGAAACACGAUUCUCCAAGAUCUUUCAAAGUUGAGAAACGAUAAGUGAGAAGCUGCCUUGAAAUAUUAACUAUCAUCUAGUUAUUGAAAGCGAACGAAGUGACAUACAUAUUUGUAUAUUCUUCGAAUCGGACAUUGUUAUGAAUCAUUUUCGAGAAACUAGUCGUCUUCUACGUUAUACCGACAAGGAAAAGCUUUUAACGUAUUUGCAAUUUGCUUCAUACAUUUUCCACGCUUGUAACUUAGUUCGAACACGUAGCUCGUAGACCAUAUAGAAUCAAACGAAGACGAAAUCGAGAUCGAGUUCUCUCCUCUCGUAAGAUACCAAAGAGGCUUUCUCGUUCGUAACGUAAGCUGAUGUUCUCAAGAAGUAAUCCUAUUACGUCAUUAAAUUUACCAAAGGGAGAGAGAGAGAGAGAGAGAGAGAGAGAGAGAGAGAGAGAGAGAGAGAGAGAGAGAGAGAGAGAGAGUGAAUGAGUGAGAGGGGAAAGAAAGAGGGAGUCUUUACAAUUUGUUACGAAGAAGCAACACGCUCGGAGACAUGUGUCCUAAAUGAUAGCGUAUAGUUUUAUACAAUGCGACAAACCUAUCGUAUUUUUCCUUUCCCUUCUACCGUACGGCUAAGCUUUAUAAACGAUAAUUGUUCAUUAUAUAAAUGGUACAAGAGCAUGCGGAUAAAAAGUAUCAAAGGAUUUUGAUUAAAAAGUCAUUUUUCUAGAAAAAUAUUUCUCUUUUCUCUGUUAUCGUUUCUCUUUUAUUCAACUAUACUCACAUUUGUAGAUUUACCACGGUACUUGUAGUUUUUGGAUUUCCGAAGGAAAAGAAAAGAAAAGGAAGGAAAAGAAAAAAAAAAAGAAAAAGAAUCCAUGGCAGCAUCACAAUUUCAUCAGCUUCGUUCCUUCGCUCAUCUUCGAACUUCCGAAGUAGUUACCGGGCAAAGAAUAGUGAGGUUUCGGAAAGUUGUGCCAGCCGCACUAAUUUUCCUGUUUCUCCAUGCAUAUUUCUCCUUUUAUUUCUUUUCUUCGUAGACUAUCGUUUCUUCUUGGAACAGGACGAACGAUAAGGAGAAAGAAGAUAUCGCUCAAAGACUGAUCGCAGAAAUACUUUUAUUAUUAUAUAUAUAUAUAGAUAUAUAUAUAUAUAUAUAUAUAUAUAUAUAUAUAUAUCCGAAAAUCUUAUCUCGCGAAGAAACGUCAUAUAUCAUUUUAAUCGUAUCGUCGAUUAACUUUGAGAGCGUUCAAUUGUUGAUUACGUUUAUAAAAUAUCAUCCUCGCUAGAUUAUAGAUGGAUUCUUAUUAUACUAUGUUUAACUCGUUAUCUUUGUCAUCGCACUCUCGUGUAAUAGGUGAUAAGCGGCAUGUAAGCGCAGAAAAUAUGUACAAAUAUCUACACGCGAUUGGAAAUCUAUAUAAUCAUAACGCGUCUAAUCUUACAGAGAUCUCUACGAUUCAAAAAUAUACAAACAAAAUCGAACCUUUGGAUGUGGGCAAAUAUGUACAUACACGUAUAAACCUUAUUUUCUCAUCUUAUUUCCCUAAGUUUAUAUAAUAUUGUUUCGUUAUCAUUCGACGAGUCAAAAUAACUUUAUUUUUUUUUCAUUCUUAAUAUAAUUUUCAUUGUAAAUGCAA